AUUUUUUCUUAAAAAAAGGUAAAUAGUCGAACAAUAUUUUGGCAGUUAAAAAACCAAAACAGCCACUAGUAUUCUUAAUCAAAUGAAUGAUGAAUCACCAGUCACGUUAGCCACCAUUGUCUUCCCCACUUAACAGAGAGCACUCAUAAGCAAAAGCACAAAACUUUCGAGGUAUCAUCAAUGGCGAAAAAGAAGGCGGCUUUGAUUGGGAUUAACUACCCAGGAACCGAGGUCGAGCUACGAGGUUGCGUCAAUGAUGUCUGGAGGAUGCACAAAUGCCUCGUCGACCAGUACGGAUUCGCCGAGGAAGACAUCACCGUGUUGAUCGACACCGACGACUCCUACACUAAACCCACCGGGAAGAACAUCCGCAGAGCGUUGUCGGAUCUCGUCGGAGCGGCGAAGCCAGGCGACAUUCUCGUGGUUCAUUACAGUGGGCAUGGUACGAGGGUGCCGGCGGAGACCGGGGAAGAUGACGAUACUGGGUACGAUGAGUGUAUUGUUCCUUGCGACAUGAAUCUUAUAUACGAUGAUGAUUUCAGGGAUCUUGUGGAGAAGGUCCCGGAUAGUUGCCGAAUGACCAUCAUCUCAGACUCUUGUCACAGCGGUGGACUCAUCGAUUCAGCCAAGGAGCAGAUAGGGGAGAGCACGAAGAAGCUGAAGCAAAGUUCCGGAGACCCUUUAGGGUUGGAUCUCGGAAACUGCUUGCGUAAUGUUGUUGAGAAUAUGCUCAUGUCUUGCGGGAUUCACGUUCUUUGGCGUAAGGAGGAAGAGGAAGAGGAAGUGCCAGAAACCGAGACUAGGGAGAUGGAACUAGAAGAAGAUGGAGGAGAAAGAGUCAAUGGUAAAGCAAAGUCUCUGCCUUUGGAGGCCCUGAUCAACAUUCUCAAACAGCAAACGGGCAAAGAUGAUAUCGAAGUUGGGAAAGUGAGACCGACCCUUUUCGACAUGUUUGGCGAGGAAUCAAGCCCAAAGGUGAAGAAGUUCAUGAAAGUGAUUCUGAGCAAGCUGCAGCAGAAAAACAGCCAUGGUGAGGGUAGCAAGUUACAGGGAAUGAUAGGGAAAUUAGCUCAUGAAUAUCUGGAACAGAAGCUUAACGAAGAAAACUACAUGAAACCCGCGAUUCAGACAGAAGUAAAGAACAAGAAAGAGGUUUACGCCGGGAAAACCAACAUUAAAUAUCCCGAGAAUGGGAUUCUGAUCAGCGGAUGCCAGACUAAUCAAACUUCUGGAGAUGCAAAUCCACUAGGGAAACCCGAAGAAGCCUAUGGAGCGUUCAGUAACGCAAUCCAGAUCGUAAUAGCAGAGAGGAAAGGCAGAAUCACGAACAAGGAACUCGUCUUGAGGGUUAGACAGAUUCUCAAGAAACAAGGUUUCACUCAACGACCAGGCUUAUACUGUCAUGACCGUUGCGUAAACGAGCCCUUUAUAUGUUGAGAAGUAGCAGAGUUAGCCACAUUUUGUGGUAUUUGAUAAGGGCUGUCUUCGGGAGCUUGUGUUAAACCAACAUAAACCAUUAUUUU